AUGGUUGAUCUGGCCGGCUCGGAAAAGGUCGGUAAGACAGGCGCCAGUGGCCAGACGUUGGAGGAAGCGAAAAAGAUCAACAAGAGCUUGAGUGCGCUGGGCAUGGUGAUCAAUGCAUUGACAGAUGGAAAGUCGUCGCAUGUGCCAUAUCGUGACUCCAAGCUCACACGAAUUCUUCAAGAGUCACUGGGUGGCAACUCGCGUACGACUCUCAUUGUCAACUGCUCACCCAUUGCGUACAAUGCUGAAGAGACACUCUCGACACUCCGUUUCGGUGUGCGUGCCAAGUCGAUCAAAAAUAAUGCAAGAAUCAAUGCUGAAUUAUCGCCCAUCGAGCUUCGAGCUCUCGUGCGCAAGGCCAAUGCAGAACUCAGUAUGUACAAAGCCUAUGUUGGAGGCUUGGAGACAGAAAUUGAUGCUUGGCGCCAUGGCCGUGCUGUACCACAAGAAGAAUGGGCACCCCUCAUUGGUGCCCCAGCGAGCCUAAAAGAAGAUACGACAGGCGCCGCGACUCGUACUAUUGAGCGAGCCGCGAUCGAAGAGCCGAUGAAUCGGGAGCCUAUUGCGGGUGGGUAUGUGCAAGAGCAGCAGCUCUUGCAGCAGAACCGCGCGCUCGAGACAGCAAUGAUGGAGCUUCGCUGGAAGGUCGAUGAACUGCAGCAGGAGAAUCGCGAUUUGAAGGAACAGACCCAGAUACCCAUGCGUUCUCAUGCACUCUCGGAACCGCUACAUACAGACGAUCAUGGUCAUCGUGCUCAUCCACAAGUCCGUUCCACUCGUGAGCAGCGGAUCCAGGACAUGCUUCGUGCUUUGGAAGGGCAGCACGUAGCACUAGCGCCCAUGAUGCAAUCGAUUGAGACGCUCCUCACAGCAUGCCAACAGCAGGCCGACUUUCCGUUGCGUCUCGACCAGAUUCAUGCGUUGGAAGAGGGUCUUCUUCAGACCUAUGUACAAUUAUCUGAGCAAGUGUUAUCGGCACGGAUUGCGGCGCAAGAAGUGUCGGUACUGCAACAACAGAAGCUGACGUUGGAAAAGCGGAAUGCCGCUAUUCAGCAGCGGUAUGACCUGAUUACGAAUCAGAUCGGUGCCUUGGAGCAUAGUUUGCGUGUCGGUGAUGAGGGCGCUAUUCAGCUUGCAGAGCUGCGCUCCAUGCUGGAGGAGCAGUCGUCAACGAGUCUGGCCAACUCGAGUUCGGAGGCAUUGCAUUUGGAACAGCUGCUGGCGAUACGGAGUGAAGAAACGGCGGGACUAACGCGGUCGCUUGAUGAUCUGCGUGCGAGUCACGAGGAACAGCGGCAUGCGCUCCAGCUUCUGAGCGCUUCAAUAGUACAAGGAGAAAAGGCGGGACCCGAUCCAGCUACCGUCCAGCGAUUGGUCGAUGCGUCGCAGCAGAUGGAAAAGGCGCGCGAACUCGUGACAUUGCGUCUGCGUGAGUACGAACGGCUCAAGGAGAAGCUCAUGCAGGGACUGCGUGAACGCAGCGAGCGUGUUGUAGACCUGGAGAUGGAGCUGGAGGAUAUGCAUGACCAGUAUGCUGUAUUGCUGCAAAAUCUUCAGAUGGGCACGCAAAAGCGCAAGAUGGGUUUGAUUGAGCGCCGACUCGAGCAGCUGACGCAUGUGCAGCAGCGCCUCAUUGAGCAGAAUACGGUACUCAAACGGGAUGUGGCUCUCGCUGAGAAACGAUUGCUCUCAAGGGCCGAGACGAUCGAGGAGCUCGAGUCGCGUCUCGAGGACAAGCAGAUCGAUGAGUGGGAGGAAGCGGCCGAUGCUCAUGCGCGCAUUGCUAAGCCCUUGCGCGGUGGUGGUGCUGCCGUAUCGUCCCAUGAGAGUGAAGAGCAUCAGUCCGGUCCACAGGCGCGGCGCUGGUUCUUUGCUGCCUCUUAG